UACUUGUUUAUGCGGUACCAUAUCGUUGGGCUUUUAUCAUGAUUGAUCUAAGUAAUUUGAUGUGGUUAUGUUUCGCUAUUGAUGUAAAAUGUACUAUCGAUGUUUAUUGAUGUUGAUGACCCUUGAAAUGAUGGCACCACAAGGAUGACUUCCAUUUCUUCUGGAUCUGAUUCCCUGAGGGAAAGUGACGCUCCCGCUCAAUCCUUGCACGGCAGUGAUAGAGGACUCCAGAUACCAAAUACACAAGGAGAGAGUGCAGAAAACCAUACCGCUGCAGAAAACGCUGGUGGUGGAGGCCGAGGAGUGAGCAGGCUCUCGCCCAGAUUCUUGGCGAACCUUCCAACGCUUUUGCGGGAGAAAAUGGCAGGUUUGGGUAAGUACUCACCGUGGGGGAGAAACGACGCCAGCAGAAACGAAGAUCUCGACAAAGCUGCUGUGGUACAACGAAGGGAAAUAGAAGAGGGAGACGUUCCUGCUUCUGCUGCUGCUGAUUCGUCCUCUGGUGACCAUUUUACUUCUCGAAGUGGUAGCUCAAGACACAACGACCAGGGCGGGGCGUCCAACGGCCAGCCACAACACGGCGAUUUUUGUCCUCCGCUUGGCGGCCUCUAUGAUGCAUCACAUGUUGAGCAGGCUGCAGCUUCCAGUUCGGACAUUUUAUGUGGGUUUCCAGCUGCAGAACAAGAGCAAGUAAGAAGACGACCCUGGCCUCAAUACGAUCCGGCUUAUGCUCUUGAGGAUUUUUGGAAGUUUGAUGACCAAGGUGACGUGGGCGAAAGGAAGCACUUUUUAGAUGUCUGCUAUUCCAUGCUAGCGUAUGAGCAGUCAUGCCUCAACGAUCUACAGGAGAAUAUCAUGCAGGUUUUUGAUAAUUUCAUAGGUCCGGAAGAACGAUCGCUACUGGUCGAGUCGAGGAAACCAGACUACUUAUUGUUACAGGUCAACAGUGACGGGUCAGUAAGCAAGGACGAUCCUCCUGAUAGUGCUGCGCCAUCUAUAUCUACGUCUUCAGGCUGUAAAAACAGUACAACUGCUGGCCGGCUUGAUAUCGACAGUGAUCCCUUUCUUCAUAGUUCAACGUCGGCUGUUGGAGGCGCGGAUGUGGAUGUAUCAGAUAGUGCUAGAAACAUUUCGCCGGAUGACGGUUGUGCAGUAGCGGAAAAACUUCUGACUGGCGUCACGAGUGCUGGUGGUGCCACGUCGUCGUCAGGCAGUCAAAGGAGCGAAAAGCAUGAUUGGCCGCGCGCACUCGCAGAGACGCGUAAAGCACUAGUGCAUGAAGAAAAUACGAAAUGCGCAAUAGAGUGGAACACUGUAUUUUUUGAGCAAGUGCUGCGAGAGCGUCCUGACCUGCCACAAAAUUUCUGCGAUGUAGGAGUACCGGAUGCGCAUAGAGUAAAGCCAGAGAACAUGUCAAAAACCUCGUCAACCUUGCGGCAAAUCGUAAGAGACUGGUCAGCAGAGGGACGGGAAGAGCGGGAAAAGAGCUACCGACCACUCUUGGAUGCACUUCAGCGAUACCUACCUCUGACGGAGGAGAUGAAAAGCGGGGGGCGUCCUCCGUUUGACGUCCUCGUGCCGGGAAGCGGGCUGGGCAGACUUCUCUUUGAGGUAAGCGCGCUUAUCUUGGUUCACUAGUCCGAUAGUCAUGCGCUGACCCUCUUCUAUACGCCAAAACAAUGGCAGAGCAUUACUUGCACCCCAAGAGCCCCCGUAUGAUUAGCUGGCGCACCCUCUUCGAAAGAGAACGCUCCCACCAUCUGCGCUGAAGUGAGGCUGUGGCUUUUUUCACACGAGGCGCAAAGCAGUAGCACUUCGCAGAAAGGGCCAGCCCAUUUCACCAAAAAACGCAAGAUGCGGGAGAGUGCUGCGCGUACUGUACUGCUGUCAGUAGGCUGCAAGCAAUUGGCGAACAUUUGGCGCCAAAUUUUUCGGGAGCUUACAGGCCUGACGAAUAGAGAGCGCUGACGCUACUCAGUGCAGACAAAACCCUCAACGGCUUUCCGCAGUGCGCGGCCAGGUAUUUCCGUGAGAUGCAAAAGAAGGGGCGGCGCCUUCUUAGCUUGCACCUUCGUGCCACUUAUAUUGGUGCGGACAUCUACGAGCUGCAACGCCGACGCCACCGCAUUGCAAGAGGCAAGGCCAUCAGCUCCCCCAAAUCUAUCAUGGCGCCCAACAUCGUCGGCACUUGUUGAGGAGGUAUCCCCCCAAAGGGACUGCUACGGGCUGCGUUGAAAGAACAGGGACGGGCAAAGAAAGCAGCCGGCGCCGUCGCCCAGACUCAGGACUGCAGUGAAUGCAAGACCUGCCACAAACUCACGCGCUUUGCACGGGGGGGUGUGGCUCGUGGUAGUCGCUGCCCCGCUCUCUGUGUGCUUUGUGGAAUGAUGAGGGGCAGGCGAAAUUCGUCAUAGGAGCGGGCGCGGCUUACUGCUCUCCGGAUCCGGAGGGCCUCGGCUAGAGCAAACCCUGGCCGCAAUCCGUCGAACUUGCUCCGUAGCUAAACUGGGCCGGCAAGUAGUCGGCCGAGGGGCGGGUGGGUCUUUGGCUGUCUGUGCGGUCACAAUGAGCUGCAGCUGCUGGAGGGGCGCCGAAGUGGUUCGACGGAAGUCGGGGCGUGGAGGUUAAGGAAAUCUCGCAAGAGAGCAAGCGCUGCGGCAUUGCUCUGGGCAUGGGCGCUAAAGCUCACGCGUCGCCUUGGUUGUCUGGAUGGCUUUGCCAUUCGCUGGUCCAGGAGGCCUCGCCCUCCCCUUCUAUCUUUUUUUUUCUGGUGAUGGUCAGUUUUCCACCCGUUCUGGCUUUCUUUCUCUCAUCUCCUUCCCUCUUUCGUAUAUAUCUUAGUGCACCCCUUGCUUUGGCCCACUGGUGGCUUGUUCUAGUAGUUUAGUUUAUAGGUCUUGAUUACGGUUUCGCAGCUCCUUCUCUCAGUUUACAACCGAAACAAGGAAAUCGCUUAGCCUCAGGCUGUCUUGCAUCCAUCGUAUAGUUUGUUUGAUGAAUAAAACCAACUGGAAAGAAUUCGCUUCCUCAUUCAUUGUGCCAGGUCGUAAACAUGGGCUAUUCUGGCCAGGGCAACGAGUUUUCCUAUCAUAUGCUUCUGGUAUCCGACUACAUCCUGAAUUCGACCAGUGAGACCGAGUGCGAAAUUGUGUAUCCAUUCGCAACCACGUACGGCGACCAAGUGAGAAAUGGGUACCCUUACAAACUUCCGCUCAUGAUAAUUGCCUUCUUUGCUCGUGCACUUUAUCGGCUUUCACUAUGUUAACUUUUCCUGAUAUACUACAACUUGGAAAAUGAACCCUCGAGUGAUUAGAGUCUCUUCGUUUACGUAUGUCCGAUAAUCAUGUUGUUUUUAGUUACAACUGGAAAUAAUAUUGAUAUGAAUAAAUCACAGCGCCCGACUUCGAAGAGUGCAGUUUCCAGAUGUGUGUCCAGGUGUGGAACUCGCGAAACCAGGACGCAAUCCUAAUAUCCAGUUCGGAAUGGCAGCCGGUGAGUUCGUGGAGAUUUAUCGCAGACAGCCUGAGAGAUGGUACGGCUAUGUUUUAAGUAUAUUCAUUUUUCGUGGGUUCUUAACAGCUACUCUCUCUAACUGCUCUACCUUCGGUAAAGUGGUUUGAUAAGUGUCUACAUAAAACUAAGCCAAUGGCCAGUCGCAAAUUAAUAUGUGAGACUACCGUUGCUUUACUUACCCCUAACCACAAAUAUUAUUUUUAGGCACGCUGUGUUGACGUGUUUUUUCUUGGACACGGCCCGCAAUGUGAUCCAGUAUAUUCGAACCUUGGCCCUGAUUAUCCCGCGUGGGGGAAUGUGGGGUAACCUAGGCCCUCUGCUGUACCAUUUUGCGGAAUCACCGGACGAGCACAGCAUCGAGCUUUCGUACACGGAUUUGCUUCCAAUCAUACGUCAAUACUUCGAUGUAAAAGAGGAGAGCAUCCUCCGGGACUGUGGUUACGUCAACGACAAGUACGGAGCCCGCAGUAGCAGAUAUCAUGCGCGCUUCUUUGUGUGUGUCCGAAACUCCACGCCGGUGACCGGAACAAGCAAUCCAACCUACACACGCGGAGAAUAGGAUCAUAUUGAUAGUCAUCUACAAUAUUUAUCUACAACGUGCUCCUCCGGUUUUGUCUACAAUGUUGUACUUCGUUCGCGUAUGCUUGAGUCGUGAAAUCGCAACUUACAGUACUCAGCCUGUCAAUGUAAUUACAAGUCGAACAACAAAGGAUGAGUUGUCAUCCUGCCUUUUUAUAUUAUGCUUGUACCUUGGUUGAGGGGCUUCUUGUUUGAUGAUGUGGAAGAAUAAAUGCUAUAUCAUGAUAGUUUUGUCGAUAUGCGCUUAGUUUCACGAAGUCGCUACAACAUCUUUAGAGACCCUCCCGCAAACGCCUUGCCUUCGUUUUGGCCAAGUUCUAUGGAAAACAAGCG